AUGGCUAAAAUUGUAUUUGAAGAAGACGCCGAGAUUGUCGUUCCCGAGUCUACCAAAAAGCAGCAAGACGAUGACAUUUUCGAUCAAUCCUCAUCCGAUGACGAAGCACCUGAAGCCAUCAGCACUUCCAAAGCCAAAGAAAGCAUAACAUCCAAAGCACAAGCCGAGAAAGAAGCUGCUGACAAACUUGCUGCAGCAGAAAAGGAGAAACGUAGACAGAGAGAGCAAUUCUUGAAGGAUCAAAAGGAAGGCAGUAAAAGACAGUUGAAGGAAUUAGAAAGAAAGGCCAAGAAGGAAAAGUUGGAGAAGCAAUACAAAGAGAAGAUGGAAAGACGAAAGCAAAAGGAGCUACAAAAGUUAGAGAAGAAUGAAGACGAGGAGGAGGAAGAGGCAGACGGGGGAGCUGAAUUAUUACCAAACGAUCUGUUACAACAAGCUCUACUAGAAGAGCAAGAAGAGGAAGCCAACAAAAGAAAGCAUGUGACAACAGAGGAAUUUGAACGCAUGAUUGCUGAACAAGAAGCUGAGGAAAAGGAGAGAGCCAAGAAGAGAAAGACCACAAAGGAUGGCAAGGUGGUUGGAGAAUAUACCGUCAAGGUGUUGAAUAAUCGCCCUAAAUUGCAGAAACCCAACAAGAGCAUCUUGAAUAUGAGAAAGUUACAUUUAAAUAGAUAUUCUGUGCCAAGAAAGGAGGCAGUGGUGAAUAUCAGUAGUGGUAGAGACGGUGCUGCAUUAGUGUUUCGUCGUAAAUAA